AUGACUACUUCUGCUAUCAUAAUUCCUAUGUUCUGGCUGAGUGAGAAUGGUGCCCUUUUGAAGUUCAAGAAUGAUCUCACCGACCCUUCAAACCGGCUUGCAUCCUGGGUUAGUGAUGAGGAUUGCUGUAGAUGGUCUGGAGUUGUUUGCAAGAACUUAACUGGCCAUGCUCUUGAGCUUUAUCUUGGAACCCACAUUUCUUAUGAUGUAAAUUUAGCCUCCACUGCUUCUGUUGACUUGGAAGAUAAUCGUGGAUCAAAGCUCGGCGGCAAGAUUAGCUCUUCUUUGCUAAACCUGAAAUAUUUGAGGUACUUGGACCAAAGCAACAAUGAUUUUGGAGGAAUUCACAUCCCCAAGUAUCUUGGCUCCAUGAGGAAUCUAAGAGGGAACCUUCCAACAUGGAUGGGGAAACUUUCAAGUAUGAAGAUCCUAAAUCUUCAUGCAAAUCAGUUUGAUGGCCAAAUACCUGUAGAAUUUUGUGAUCUAGCUUCUUUACAAGUUUUGGAUCUUGCUUAUAACAACUUGAAUGGAACUAUACCGAACUGCAUCAACCAUUUUAGUUCCAUGAACAAGAUGAAUGGUUCUAAAGGCCUCAUUGAUUUGGUAAAAUUGUCUUCAGAAAGUGCGCUUCUUGUGAUGAAAGGAAGAGUAGCUGAAUAUAGCAGUAUUCUCAAUUUUGAAAGUAUAGAUCUUUCCCUCAAUGAUUUAUCUGGAGAGAUUCCAAACGAAGUAACAAGCCUUGAGGAAUUGCAGGCACUAAAUUUGUCACAUAAUUGUUUGGAAGGAAAAAUUCCUAAGGAUGAAGUCACUUGUACUUAUCCUACAAACUUGAGCGGAAGAAUUCCUCGAGCACUCAAUUGCAAAGCUUCAGUUCAUCCAGCUUCACUGGCAACAAAGGUCACUGUGGGACUUCCAAGAAUCGCAUUGCAGAUGGUACAAAUAAUGAUUAUAUUAGAAGAGAUAGAAGGGGAUGUUAGUUCCGACGUUAACUGGUUCAAUGUGAGCAUCACAACCCGAAUCUCGAGUCUUAACCGAUCACAAGAAAGGAACACAAUAGAGUCCGAGUUUUAUAAGUAUGAAGAAAGGCAUUAUAAAGAUUUGAAGAAGGAAAGAAUUGGAGUUAGAGUUUCAGGUUCAUUUUACAAAUGCCGCUAUUGUCAUGGGAGAGAUUACUAUCCCUGGGAUUUUCUCCAGCAUGCUUAUGAUCUUGGUAGAGGCUCAAAAAGAGGGACUCUAAAAGAGGAAGCUCAACACCUAGCUCUUGCAAGGUAUAUUCAGAGGCAUCUUGAUGUGAAGGAUAGAUCAGAGUCCUCCUUGAAAAGAGAAGUUGUUCGUUCCCUCUGCCUAAACACCGAAACUGAAUGGCAUGCUGUCCGAAAAGCCUUCUUUUUAUUUACAGACAGAAUCAGUUUAGUUCAGGUUGUCUGA